AAUACCAAUGGCAGCCCAAAGGUGCGAUCAUCGCAAUCAUUUCUGGCCAGGCAGACCUCCAUGCCCACCUGAUGUCGGUCAUGCACCAGGCUGGAUGGUAUGCGAUCACGAACCAACAGGCCGUGCAGAUGCUGGGCUCCCCAAUCACGCCCCUCGAACAAUGUGUUUGGAGUGCUGGCAAGAUACACUUAACCAUGCGCCUGCAGGAUUUGGCUUUAAACGCCGUGCUGAAGACAUACUAAACGGACUCAUCUACCAUCAAGUCCCGCAUGGUGGUGUGCUCAGAUGGGAUCUGCGUAAUCAUGCCAUGGUGCGAGGCUUUCCUGUCAACAUCGAAUUCACUCAGGCACUGCUCUGCACUACUUGCACGGAGAAAGAGAUUGCACAAUGGAGACGCUGUGAAGCUGACCCAGCCUAUUCGAAUGCCGUGUUAGCAGGCAAGGCUCAAUGGGUCGCCGAUGCGCACACGAACACCUGUGUUUGUUUGAAGAAGUACAUCACUCAUCCACACUANUUGGAAGCGUAUAGUCACGAGUGCCUCCAACAUGCUUUGGAUGAUCGCAUGUACGCAGCCGAUCAUAACAAGCAGUGGCUCCACAGUAUAGGCCAUUCAGCCAGUGGCCAGCGCAGACUCGUUUCCAAUGCCUGGGAAAAUGUCAGAAGCGCCUAUGACUUUACCAUCUCCUGCCGCUGUGGUAGAGAUGUCGAUCGAGAUCUCGUCGCAGCUGCACCUCAAGCCACAUUCUGUCUCGCAUGCAACGGCACGAAGAUCUGGAGGAACAAUGUCCCAGUUGCACGUUAUCCGACACGCGCCACUCGAACCGUACUCCCUGAUCCAGCAGCACCAUAUCCUCUACAGAUCACUGGGACCAAUGAAUACAACGAUCUCCCUGCUAAUCUCCAACAAGGUGCUCCUACUAUUGUGCGGAGUCGCUUC